AUGAGAAGUAAACCUGUGUCUGUUCUUCUCUGGUUAAGAACUGGGGAAUUCAGUAUCCAGCUUUCUCAUCAAUCUUGCUUUGGCGUGGCUGGGAUUCGAGCAUUCUUCCUUUACUGCCCCAUUUCCAAGCAGACCCGAAAGAGGUUAGUUUGCUGGUUUUGUUGUUUGCUCAUAUAUAGUAGAAGCAGAGAGUAUAGAAGAUCAAGUGCUACUCGUGGGCAAUGUCAAGGUAUUAGGGCGAUGAGGAUUGAAAAACCAUUGGAAGAGCUGUACAAUGUGAGGGUGGAGAGAAAUGUAUCGAAAGAGCGACUGACAGAGCUUGACAUUUCGAAAUGGUCGAUGUGGAAGACAGGCAAAUGCAAGCUUCCAUGGGACUGGCAUGUUGAUCAAUUAGUUUAUAUCGAGGAAGGGGAGGUGAGGGUCGUACCUGAAGGGAGUCAGCGCUAUAUGCAAUUUGUAGCUGGUGACCUUGUUCGGUACCCCAAAUGGUUUGAAGCUGAUCUUUGGUUCAAUGGCUUCUAUCAGGAGCGCUACAGCUUCCGAGCAUACGGUGAUGACUAG